AUGUGUGUUUGGCCGGAGGGCAAGCAAUCGCUGCCACAUACAAGUGAAUUCAAAUUAAUAAAGGUUAGAAGUAAGGCACUCCGUUUUGUUGAUGUCAAUUGUACCAAAAUCCGACACUUUUCUUCCAAAAAGAAGGUCAAGGAAGAUGAUAUUGUGGAAAAGAAGCAAAAUUCGAUGAUAGUUGUUUGUUCACCGGGUAAAAGCAAGGUGGAAAAGAGCCGUGAGAUUGCCGAGGAUUCAUUAUUUCGGAGAUAUCUUCAAGAAGUGAGCGAAGAAUCAAAUUUUAUACCGAUGUUAACUGGUCAAAGCGCAGACAUUAUGGGUGUUCAAAUGAGUCAUGAAAACAUGCUCUUGUAUGAUGCUUUCCUAAAAGGAUUUAUGGUCUCAGUUUCUCCUCAACUUGCACAUCGAAAACUACAGCCUGGUGCUGUUUUUAUCCCUGCUGGUUACAGGAAUCCAAUAUUGGUGUCUGUGUUUAAUGCGUGUGGUGCAGCCUUUCUAUGCUGGAAUAAUAAGGAAAUGUGUCGAAUUGCUGAAGUGAAAUAUGAGCAUUGCCUUGGCAUGCUCAGCAAAUUUAUUGAUGAGGAAUCCAUAGUGGGAAAUGAGUAUUGGCUCCUUGUGGCACUUCUUUGCUUCUGUCUCAGAGAGAAGUAUCAUGGUGAAGAUGUCACAAUCAACACAUGUCAUUUGGUUGCGGCAUUAGAAAUGAUCAGGCUGUGGCAGGCCAAUAAACGUAGAAAAAAUGAGUUUGUACGUUUGCCAGCUAGCAAUGCAAGAAAUUUGCUUCUUUAUAAAAGUUCUAUGGAUUGUUCUGAGGAUGCAGAACCAGGUAUGAAUGAUAGAUAUGAUUGCCUAUCUCAGAACUCGUGUAAACCUGAUAAAUGUGUACCAUAUCAAAGCAAAGACGGCACACCAUUCUUAAAGAGAAUGGAAUCAAAAAGUAUGAUGAUAUUUCAUCGCUUGCUUUUGAAAAUGCAACCACAGUUCUUUGAGGCAGCAAAUAACAGGUGGAAAUGCCAGGAAAUGACAGAAGAGACAGAACUAGAUGAGGAAUUAGAAAACUCCGCUGCUGAAGAUCAUGAUAGACUGCAUACUGGAUUAUCUACUGUCGAGGAACUUUCUUCUAGUUUCUCUGGGCCAAGGGUAGUAGAUGCCAAUGAAAGAACACUGCUAGAAAGUUUUCUCUAUAACUAUACGAUUAAUCUUUUCAUCUGUGAUAAGGAUGCAGUGAAUUAUCUAUCAUCGCCAUUCAAGGUUUUCGAAGAUUUCAGAGAAUUCCUUUCACCCCAACUUUACAAUUGUCCAGUUCCAUGGAUGAAUAACCCAGUUAUGGGUGCUGCUCUUUCCGCAUUUGAAAUAGCUGCUAAGGCUAACUGGCUAGGUUUGCAGUUUCCACUAAGUUAUGAAAAUAAGGUGAUUGCAUUGUCGCUUCUCAAAACUGCAAAAUAUUACGCCAGACCUCUUCUCCCUCCAGAUAUUAAAGCCAAAGAGCCGCAAAAUGUGCAAAGGAGACUUUUGGAGAGCUGCUAUAUGGGAGAUAUGGUUGCUAAAGCAUCAUACAUAUACCUUAAGAAGCUCAUAUACCCAAUGACCAGUAGUCAGGAACCAGAAAUACAGCAAAUAGUCACAGACUUCAACAAGGAUUUAUAUGAAUUAACGUUACAUAGUCAAAUAUCCGCCAUUGGGUCUUGGCCCAUUGCGAUAGUUGGUUCUGCUGCUAUCAAAAGGGAAGAGCAAGAUUACCUGAUUUGGAGAGUUCAUCACUUUUGUGAUGUGGUUCGCUCAGGUGCCCUCAGCACUGUUUUGAAAUACUUGAAAGUAGUUUGGGGAGAGAGUAAGGACGGAAUCAGAAAAAAUUCACCAGGAAUUGAUGCCUUGCUCCGUUUUGGUUCUGGAACGAAACAGAAACGUUUGAAGCAUUCAGAUUUGCGUUAUGGAAUGAAACAUGCACAUCCGGCUCUUGUUCAAACUUUCAAAGAGGCUAUUGAUGCUGGAUUUAGACAUCUUGAUACGGCUGAAUGUUAUUUAACUAGAAUUGACGUGGGGACGGCUGUUGAACAAUCCGGCAUUGACAGAUCAGAGUUCUGGAUUACUGACAAAUGGGAUCAAGGAUGGCUGAUGGAUGGUAAGGUAUUCAAAUCGCGUUCCCCGUCUGGCCCAUAUGAAUCUAUAAAGAAAUGCCUAGAACUAAUGCAUUUAAGUCAUCUUAAUCUCUUUUUAAUACAUGGUCCAUAUUUUACUAAGGAAACAUGCAAUGUCACUGUUGAAGAAGCCUGGAAGCAAAUGGAACAAAUAUAUGAGGAGGGAUUGGCCGAUAAUAUUGGAGUGUCCAAUUUCGAUGUUCCCUUGUUGAAAAGAGUGUUCAAGGUUUGUAAGUACAAACCCCAGGUAGACCAAAUAGAAUAUCAUUUAUAUCUCCAACAAAAGGAAAUUGUGGAUUUCUGUAAAAAAAAUAACAUUCUAGUUGAGGCUUUUUCACCGUUGACUCCUAUGUUCAGUGAUAGAGUCGGAAAAAAUAGACCGCUAAAUGAUAUCAUUGCAAGGCUCUGUAAGAAAUACAAUGUGGAACCAAACUUAUUGCUAUUAAGAUGGGUUUAUCAGUCUGGUGUGUUGCCAUUGACCACAUCCUCAAACCCUCAGAGAAUGAAGGACACCUUCAAAAUAUUUGACUUUGAACUAGAACCUGAAGAUUUCAACGAGCUCCAAAGAAUUGGACAAACUUUUCAUUACCGGGGAUUCUUUGAGAAUUACUUCGAGCGAAAAGAAUGA